AUGGCCGACCAUGGCAGCCAAAUCUCCGACUGCGUCCCCUACGUGGGCAACAACGAGUAUGCCAGUUCCUAUGAAGAGAGUCGGUCUCCCAUGAUGGGUGGCGAGUCGCGCCAGAUUCCGGAAGUCGUCUCGUAUUCGCCUCAGCGCGGAUCCGAAGGAACGAGGGUCUUUGUGCAGAUCCAGUCGCCGUACGAUCUCCAUACAUCAUCGUACGCUACCCACUACUUGGUCUUUGGAUCGAAAAAGUGCGACUGCGUGCCGCACUUUCUCGGCUUCCAGGAUUCCUCGUUCCAGUAUGCGCUGUCCGUUGAUACGCCGCCCUUCCUCUCCACGGGGUCCCCCUCCUAUGCGGUCCCGUUGCAAGUGGUCCUGGAGGCUCAGAACGACUGUCCGGCGACGACCCUGCAGGUGGGCGUGUACACCUACGAACAGGCGCCCCACGACUCGCCCUCGCAGGAAUCGCGGAAGAGACGCAUUUCCUGCUAUUCUGAGGAGGCGGUGGUCUCCAGACCCACUAAGCGGCCCACGGCGCCUCCGAUGCCAGCAAAGGAACAGUCCCCGGCCUACUCUGCUUCCUACUCGCCGUACCUCCAGUCGUUGCCUGCCGUCAAUGGGUUCGUUGCGCCGUACCCGGGCACCUCGUCUCCCCGGGUGGGAGCGGCGCAGUACACGGCGGUGUCCUCCUCCGUUCCGCCCUCAAUUCGCGCGCCAUCCCCGUUGACGCCCUCCUGGAGCCCGUCCUAUAUCCCCGUCAGCAGUGACCCGCGGACCCCGGGCUUCCCCAUUGGUCAUGGUUUCCGCCAUCACAAGCCCUCUUCGCCCGCUCGGCUCGGGAAUCCCACCCUCAUCCGCACGUCCACUCUGCAGCAUUCCGGAAGUCUGGCGCCGUCGCAGUCGUUCAACCCCUACGCCAUGUACCCCUCCAAGGCGGUGCUGAAGUUGAACGGCGACCUCGACACCAUGACGCAGAACUGGACCAAGGAGGAACGGGAGGCCAAGCGGCGACUGGUUCAGUUUACGCGGGCGCAAAGUGGUAGCACCAUCCACGCCGAUUUCAAGCCUGUGGCGCCUGAGGAACGCGCCCCUAACAGCAUCUGCAUCAGCUGCAUCUACUGGGACGGCAAGGACGACUGCUUCGUCACCAGUGUGGACACCAUUUAUCUGCUGGAGUCGCUGGUGGGCGUGCGCUUCACCGUGGAAGAAAAGAACCGCAUCCGCCGCAACCUGGAAGGAUUCCGCCCGCUGACGGUCUCCAAGGCCAAGCUGGAUAGCGAGGAGUUUUUCAAGGUCAUCAUGGGAUUUCCCGCGCCGAAGCCGCGAAAUAUCGAGAAAGACGUGAAGGUGUUCCCCUGGAAGAUCCUGAGCCACGCGCUGAAGAAAAUCAUCGGGAAAUACUCUGCUAGUUAUUCUUCGACGGCGGGUGCACUCGCCACUCCCAUCAGCUCGAACUACACCACCGGCGCGGCGUCUGACUCGGGCACCGAGCCCCCUAACGCGGGCUCUCCCCAGUCCGUGUCAGACACGGCCGUGUCCAGCACGUAUGGGCCGAGCCUCACGGCCCCAGCGUACUCCCCGGCCACUGACCAUUCCGCUCCGUCCGACAUGCGCGUGGUGCUGCCUUCGGUCAGCCAGUCGUAUCAUCCGAUGGCGGCGCCGUACUCCUAUCCCACGGUGUGCCAGCAACCCAGCCAGAUGGGAUUGGCGGCGCCGGCGAGUCGAUCCUGGGAGAUGAACUCGAUGCUUCCGGCGACGAGUGGCCCGAAUAGCAAUUCGUGCUACCAUUACCUGGCGCCGAUGCCAUACUCGCUUCCGGACCUGUCGCACGGGUCUUGA